AGGCUCGUAUAUGCUCAUCAUCAAAAGAAUCAAAGUACUAAACUUUUGCCAACAUUUCACUCAAAAAGGGUUAACCAUCCUCCAAAAUAAACCCAUAAGCACUUUGGACAGAUAAUAUUAGUCCAAAGUCCAAAAUUCAACAACUUGGCAACAUUCAAAGCUGCAAUUUUUCCACAGCAAAUAAAGGCAAGAAGAACACACUCCUGAACUCUCAAACAUUAAUCACAUGGUAUGAGAAACGCAAACAAUCACACACAAGAAAAAGACAUAUACCAGUAACAAGUAUCAAACAAAAAACAUGAUCCCUGCUUGUUUCAGCCAACCCAACACACCAUCAAGCUCACGUACUUCCCAACAGUUACAAAACGUUGUAACACGCAUAUACCAAACACAACUUUGCAAUAACAACAAUAACACAACGUACCUCACUCUAAGCUGGUCAAGAACACUUUUUUCUCAUUCUUUAACCAUUUUUGCACCACAGAUAUUCUCCAUAAUCAUACCUCUAAGGCCACCAACUUUCCCAUUCUUCAGAACAAGACCAGGAUCGAAAUCCAUCUACCUCCCCGGGCGGAAACACAAGCCAUCACAGAAGAUCAAGAUUUACUGGGACUUCUCCAAUGCAAGAUUCUUCCAGAACCAUGCUGAGCCAGAGUCAUGCUUCUACCUAGCAAUAUGGUGCAAUGGAAGGCUUGAAUUCUUUCUUGGUGAUCUCAUUCAGAAUCAACAAGCACCCUGUGAUCAGGUUCUGCUUUCCAGAAGAGAGCAUGUGUUUGGAACAAUGAGUUAUGUGUCAAGGGGUGUGUUCUUGGGUUCUAAACAUGAGAUAGAGAUUGAGUGCAUCAAUAAUGAAGGGGUGUUAAGAGUGAAAGUGGACGGUGAAGUUUGCUUGCUUGUGAAGAGGCUUGCAUGGAAGUUCAGAGGGAAUGAGAAGAUCUUCAUUGAUGGAGUAGAAGUUGAGUUCUAUUGGGAUGUGCUGCGUUGGGUGGUUAAUAAUAGCAAUGGUGGAAAUGGGAAUAAACAUGGCCAUGGUGUGUUUGUGUUUCAAGUUGGUGACGGUGCUGUAUGGCCUGAAAUGGUGGGUCCAGAGAAAAGGUUGAUGAGGAAGAGCUUGCCCGGAAGCACUACGGUGGGGGCACCGUCGGUGCUGCCAUCGCUGUCGCCCGCGUCGAGUUCAGGAGUGUUGCAGUGGGCAGAGGAGAGUAGUGAUGGAGGGCGGAGCUCAUGUUCUUCAUCAACAAGGUCUUGUGGUGGUAAUGGUAAUGGUAAUGGUAAUGGUGGUGGGUUCUCUUUGUUGCUCUAUGCUUGGAGAAUAGAAUAAAAUUUCAAAUUUGGAACUUUAGUUGAAUGUGAACUGUGAUCAAUGAGUUUGAACUUCUCAUGUAUUAUUUCAAUGAAUGAAACAAGUUUCCAUGGGAUUUUGACCUUGAAUGUAUUCACAUUAGAUUGCAGAUUCAUUUUUAUCUUCUUAAUCUGUUUCUGUUCCUUGUUAUAUAUGUUGCUUUUGAAAAUCUUUUGACAUGUUUUAAAGAAAUAUAUUUGGAUAUGACAGACCAAAAUUUCAAACCAACAUAUGCUAGGAAUAAGAGUAUCUGGUUUAUUCAUUUCUUGAACCAAAACAGCAUAGUAGAACUUCAUGGCUCUGUGUUUUAUGGGACAACUUCCAAUUUGUAUACUUUAGAAUAUAAUGGAAUGGAAAAACUCAACUAUCUAACACCUGUAAUUUUCUUUCCCUCAAAGUUAGAUACAACAAAACAAGAUAAGAAUAAAUAGCAUCAAAUCUUGAUCAUUCUACCUUUUCCGAUGAAAUUAAACAUAUAUUCCAUAUCAUAUCAUUUCAUUUCAUUCUACUAUUCUAUUCAUCAUUAAAUAUCCAAUCAUAACCUAUGAUAACAUGUACAUUAUAAUUAAUGAUAAUGAGUUUCAUAAUAGGGUUCUAGCUAUUGCAUUCCAACGAGAAUAUUAUACAUGAUUGAUGAAUUUUGAGGGGGAGCUAAAAUCACAAUAUUCUUGGGUUUAAGGAUUGACUUUGACUCGUGAGAAAUCCUAAUUUCAAAAGUCACAUUCACUAAUCAUGAUUCACAAGGCUUUAAAGUCCAAACCAGAAGCCAGAAGACUGUUCACACUAUGUAAAGUGAAAAUAUAAAACAAGCAGCACUACCAUUCCCACCUUGGAUUCUCAUAUUCAAUAAUAUACCAUAGCACUGUCAUAGACUCAUAGACCCCACUUCAGACUUUAUCAUCAUAGAGGAUGAAGGAUACAGGUAGAAAAGGUACCCCUAACUUUCCUAUAAAACAUGCCAAUGGUCGAGAUUCUCAACAAAUUAACUUUCCAUUUUAACAUUAAAGCAGCAGCAGGUCAUAGAAUUUUAAGAAUAAAUAAAUAAAAAUAUACAUGAAAGAUUUUGGGGGAACAAAAUUACAUACCAACUAUUUGUAAAUAUAAAAGUACAUCUCAGAGACUGUUUUUUAUAGACAAAAAUGUCAUGCUAUUAGUAAGAGUUUGAUAUUCGUAUCUUUGGUGAGCUUUUUUGUCCAUCCAAAACAAUCUUUGAGAUAUAUUUGAUAUUUACGAAUCUUAGUGUCAAAAUUUUAAUAUAUUGAAUUGGUAUGCAGAAAAGUCAUCAAGUUCUAUCAUUUAACUGCGUACUGUAUACUAAACUUUCAGUCCAGUAAUUUUUUUGUGAAAAUACCUGUAAUUUAAUCAUAAAUAGUAGUAAAUUGCUUAUUGAAACAAAUUUCUUAUCAGUCCUGCUUUCUAGUAAGGAUGGAUAGGAACUAGAGCAGCAAUCAUAGAGAUUAUAGUCUCAAACUAUGUGUUUUCCGUACUAUAACUGAAUUCAAAUGAUCCAACUUUUCACACGACUUACGUCUUUCGCGGAAUUCUUGUUGUUAUCUGGAUAAUUUGGUAAAAAAGUAAACCAAAAAGUCUUCAUAAUUCAUAAGGACACAUGGUGGUCUACCAAUGCAGCUACCCUCUAGAUAUGAGAAGGAUGGCACCAAAAUAUGAGUAAGACCAACGAAAAUUUACACAAAGCUUCAAGACGUAUGCUACAGUUACACACGCUCUUUUAGGCUUAAUUCUCCCAAACUAGGGUUAAUGGCAAAUUCUUUAUAGGAUGCAAUUUGAGUGGACAGUUAAGUACUUAUACCAGUGAUAGUUUAUAAAAUGGCAUCUCUAUACUUUUUUCCAUAUAAGAAGUAUAUAUAAGGAGAUGUAUCAAAAUUAUUUUAUUAUGGGUAAAGUAUAUUUUUUGUGGUUGAAAUUUGUCAAAAAUUUUAAAUACGCUGCAAGAAAUCCUAGAUAUGAUUUCACCUAUAUCCUUUAAUAAUAGAAACAAGAGAUACGUGUAGACUGUCAGCAGCUGCAAAUAAAAAA